AGAGGAGUUCAUCGGCGACAAGUGAUUGUGCAGAAAGAUGGGGCACUCUAACAUCUGGAACUCUCACCCUAAAACCUACGGCCCUGGAUCCCGCACCUGGAUCUUCUGAGCUUUCGUAUCAAAUUCUGGUCCGUUAAACGCCGGCCACACUUGCCGCCACGCCGGAAGGGAAGACCUUGUCGACCGCCGCUUUAGCAGUUAAGCGACGGCCUCCAACUCGCCACCCCCGGCGGUGUUUGUCGGUGAAGAUUGUUGGCGUAAUUGUUUGCCAUCUCCGAAGCCCAACCGACAACAACAAACAAAUGUCGGAAAAUCCGCUUCAUCAUCUCUUCCAAGCGUUCGGCAAAGUUUCGGAGUGUGUGCAGACACAUCUCUCACAGCUCACUCAACGCCCCCCCGAAAAAAAAUCGCCGCCCUCUCUAAGCACAAACCGGAACCCCCCUGUAUCUAUCACCUCAAAUUCCGCCGCCGACGCUCAUAUUCUCCAACCGGACGAAAUCCUUAAAAAGGGGAAGUCUUCGAGUCCAACUACUAAAGAGGAUCUUGGAAGAGCUACGUGGACUUUUCUUCACACGCUAGCUGCUCAGUAUCCAGAUAAGCCAACUAGGCAACAGAAGAGGGACGUUAAAGAACUGAUGGCAAUAUUAUCUCGUAUGUAUCCUUGUAAAGAAUGUGCAGAUCACUUUAAAGAAGUUAUAAGAUCAAACCCGGUGGAGGCUGGAUCUCAUCACGAGUUUUCCCAAUGGGUAUGCCGUGUGCAUAAUGUAGUUAACAGAAGCCUAGGCAAGCUUGUAUUCCCAUGUGAACGAGUUGACGCAAGAUGGGGUAAGUUAGAGUGCGAGCAGCGCGCGUGUGAUCUACAAGGGACUUCAAUGAAUUUCAGUAAUGAAUUAAAAUGAAUUUUUAUCGUAUUAACAUUAAUACGACGAGUGCAUCAACGGUACUUGUUCGAACAUUUAUAGAAACACCGACAUAUGGAAAGUGGAAAAAUUCAUUUUUUAUUAUUUUUUUGGGGGAGUUUAUUGAUUAUUA